GCAGCCAGGCAGCUCAACGCGGCAGCGAUCCGAAAGGCGGAAGCAACCCUCGGGCACGGCCACAGCUAGACCUCGAGCGCGAACGGCGCUCGGCAGGCACACCGAGCCAAGACUAAGGGCGGGCGCGCGCGCGGCGAUGGCGGACCCCGAGAGCGCGGAGCCGAUGAUGGGCCAGGCGGCGGCGGCAGCGGCAGCAGCGGUGGCGGCGGCGGCGGCGGCGGCGGCGAAGGACGGCGCCGAGGCCGACAGCGUGCAGUUCUUCGAGGGCGUGGAGAAGCUCUUGGAGGUCUGGUUCACCAGCAGCGAUGGCGGCGACGAGCAGCACGACCUGCGACGGAUCCCCCGGCCCAAGUGGGAGUCGCUGCUGAAGAUGGUGCGCUGCGAGAUCAUCAGCUUCUGCAGCAGCGAGGCCAUCGACGCCUACGUGCUGAGCGAGAGCAGCAUGUUCGUGGCGAAGCGCAGGCUUAUCCUCAAGACCUGCGGCACCACCACGCCGCUGCAGUGCCUGGAGGCGCUGCUGGACCUCGUCGAGAGCUACACCGGCUUCGACAAAGUCGAGGACCUGUUCUACUCGCGAAAAAACUACAAGCGAGCGGAGCUGCAGAUGCCUCCGCACCGGGGCUUCGAGGAGGAGGUCGGCUUCCUGGACAGCUUCUUUCCCGACGGUGAGGCCUACUGCCUGGGCUCCGAGGACGCCGACUGCUGGUACCUGUACACGCUGAACCGCGACAAGCCGGCGCACGCGCGCGCCGGCCGCGAGCCCGACCAGACGCUGGAGGUGCUGAUGACGGAGCUGGAUCCCGAGGUCAUGGCCAUUUUCACGCGCGAGCUCAGCGCCUCGGCGGCCGAGGCCACGCGCAGGUCCGGCAUCGACAAGCUGCUGCCGGGCAUGACCAUCGACGACUUCCUGUUCGAGCCCUGCGGCUAUUCCAUGAACGGCGUGUCCAAGAGCGGCUGCUACAUGACCAUCCACAUCACGCCCGAGCCCGACUUCUCCUACGUGUCGUUCGAGAGCAACGUGCCCGCGGCCUGCUACCGGCAGGUCAUCGAGCGCGUGCUCGCCACCUUUAAGCCGGCCAGGUUCGUGGUGACGCUGUUCGCUAACCGGGACUCGCUGGCGGCCGAGGUGCCACGCGAGCUCGAGCAGUCGGACGCCAGCCUCGGCGUCUUCGAGGCGGACUUUGUGCGCGACGACGCGCAGUACUGUCGUUUCAAGAACUACGACCUGAGCUGCGCCUUCUACUCCAAGUUCCCGAGCUGAGGGUUCAUAGAGGCCUCGUCCGGCGCCGACGAGGCAAAAGCCGCCCCCCGACCCUCCUCCUCGUCCUCCUCCUCCUCCUCCUGCUCCCCCCGCUCCCCGAGGGCGGGCGGCUCGCCCUGCCGCCGCCCGCGCGAGGCCCGCCACGUCAGCC